AUGGCAUCGGAGAGCUUCAAGGUCCGGCCGGCCAUGCUAAGUCUGAAAGAAUCAACCCCACAUCUCGAUGCUGUCACGAUAGCGAAGCUUCAAAAGUCCUGUCCAAGGAGCGCGUUGCCGCCUGUGCCUAUUGCCUAUGGCAUGGACGUGAAGAGCAUCCGCGAGCUUGUGAAAGGGGAGGUAAUGAAUUCCUUUACGCUGCAGAGGAAGCGCCGCUCUCAUUACUUUGAACUAACAAAUCUCACGGGCAUGCCCGGCCUUGUCGCCUUCUUAAACGCCAUAUUUGACGCCGAGGAUGAUCAGAUCGCAAGUGUCCAGAAAGAGCAAACAAAACUGCCAUAUAACAAGGUAGAGGAAGUCUGA